AGGGUCUAUCAGAAAACUGACAAAAUGUAAAAUACCCAGGGUCCUGAAAUGGUGAUGGUCUAUACUAAGCAUGGGCUACCCGCAGCACCUCUACUGUAAACCAAAGGAUUAGAAGGAGAAAUGCCGGGAGCUCCGCGUAGCUUAUUUAUCGAUUCUGUGGUUUUAAGCUACACCUUCUCAAUAAAUAAAGGCAGGGCUGGCAGGAAAGUUCUCAGGCUCUGGCGACUGGCGUGUUGCCUUGCUGGCCGGAAGGAAAGCAGUUCGUUUAAAACUAGCCAAGGAGUUGGAACUUAAGAGUUGGUCCGGACAUUCCGUCUGCCUCCCGACUAAGUGCACUGGUAAAUUCCCGGUUUCUUUAUUAAACUGACAUUGUUUCAGGAACAGGAACUGCCUCCUGUCGGGUGAGACCUUUUGUCUAGGUGGUCAAGACAGUAUUACUAUUGAAAGACAGAAAAAUGCUGAGAAGACAACCGAAAGACGAUAACAUUACUAGUCUGAUUGUAGACCCUGCUAGGAAAGGGGAGUAUUAUGGCACUCUGAGUACAGAUGAUCAUGAUGUCGAGCUGUCCAAGCUUAAGUCUCCAGAUAACCCAGUGGUAGCUAACACUCAUAACCAAGAUGCAGAUUUCAACUUUUUUAAUGAUGGCGAGACUAAAAUAGAUUUUGUCCUUGUAUGGGAGCUGGACCACAAGGAAAAAGAGAUGAAGACAGAAAAGAGCACUGAAGAAAAAGGAACUAUAGAUCAACACGCAAAGUGGCGUGAUAAGUUUCUCCAUAAACUCUCGAAAGCAGGAAUAAAAAUGGAAAAGCAUGUGACACAGACUAAAGAAACAGAAGUGCAUUACAUGCUCCUGAGUGCCCCAUGGAAUGUUCAGUGUUACUAUGCAGAAGAACUCAGUUUGCGUGUUCCAUUACAGGCUAUGGAAGAUGAGCAUCAUGACCACUGGUCUAAUGAACUUCUGAAGAACACAGGAAUCCCUAACAUUAUGCAUGAUGAUGUACCCAGCAAACCACAAAGAUUCUACACCUGCCAGUUCAAAAACAGCAAGCGAGAAAGGUUUCUGGGCAGUGACAAAUUUAACGGAUUUUUCAGUAACACACAGAGACACCAGAUUAUGUAUGAAAUUUUAGCCAGAAUUCCUUAUGGACGCUUGGAGAAAGCAGAGGUGGGGAUUGACAGACUUCUGAGUGAAAAUGUUUUUGCAGCUGCAUUCCCACUGCAUGAUGGUUCCUUUGAGUCUGACUAUCACAUUUCAUCACCAGAUAACCUGAGUCUUAGACAGCUGUUGUACCAUUACUGGGCUCGCUGGAGAAAAUGGUACAAAUACCAACCAAUGGACCACAUCCGCGAGUACUUUGGAGAGAAGAUUGCUCUGUACUUUGCAUGGCUAGGAUUCUACACUGCAUGGUUACUGCCAGCUGCAAUCUUUGGGACUUUACUAUUCAUUAUUGGAGUAUUUUUGAUGAUCUUUGACAUCCCAGCCAUGGAAAUCUGUGAAAGUGAAGACAAUUACAAAAUGUGUCCCAUUUGUAGCAUUUGUCCAUUUUGGAACCUCUCCAGCAUCUGCACUACUUUUAAGGCAGGUCUGCUGUUUGACCAUGGUGGAACUGUAUUCUUUAGCAUCUUCAUGGCUCUGUGGGCAGUGCUGUUCCUGGAGUACUGGAAAAGAACAACUGCAACAUUGGCUCACAAUUGGGACUGUUCUGAAUUUGAAGAAAUUGAGGAACGUCCUCGACCAGAAUUCACAGCCAUGGCACCAAUGACCAUAAGGAAUCCAAUUACAGGAGCAGAGGAGCCCUACUUUCCAAAGAAAAGUCAAGUCAACCGAAUACUUACUGGAUGUAUGGUCAUUCUGUUUAUGAUUUCUAUAGUGUUGAUCUUCCUGAUAUCAGUCAUCUUGUACCGAGCAAUUAUUGGAGCAAUUGUAUUCAGCGCCUCCAGGGGCUUUUUAAGAGCAUCGGCUGCAAGAAUUGCCAGCUUGAGUGGAUCUGUCUUGAACCUUAUAUUCAUCAUGACCCUUUCCAAGGUUUAUACCUCUCUAGCUCGUGUUCUCACCAAGUGGGAGAUGCACAGAACUCAGACACAGUAUGAAGACGCCUUCAUUUUUAAAGUGUUUGUGUUUCAGUUUGUGAACUUUUAUUCUUCUCCUGUCUACAUUGCAUUUUUCAAGGGCAGGUUUGUGGGUUACCCUGGAAAUUAUUACACUCUCUUCGGCAUCCGGAAUGAAGAUUGCGGUGCUCCUGGAUGUCUGAUUGAACUUGCUCAGGAAUUGCUGGUCAUUAUGGUGGGUAAACAGCUGAUUAACAAUAUCCAGGAGUUCGUUAUCCCGAAAAUAAAGAGCUGGUGGCAAAAUCGCAAGAUUCGAUUCAGGAAGGAGACAGAACUCCAAGAGAAACUGGAGCCAUGGGUAAAGGACUAUCAACUGUUGGUGUGUGGAGGCUUGUUUGAUGAAUAUUUGGAAAUGGUACUCCAGUUUGGGUUCAUAACCAUUUUUGUGGCUGCCUGCCCACUUGCUCCACUCUUUGCCUUGCUCAACAACUGGAUAGAAAUUCGUCUUGAUGCCCAUAAGUUUGUAUGUGAGUAUCGUCGACCUGUAGCAGAGAGGGCCCAGGACAUUGGAAUCUGGUUCCAUAUCCUAGAGAUAAUCAGUUAUGUGGCCGUCAUUAGCAAUGGGUUUCUGAUUGCCUUCACCUCUGAUUUCCUUCCUCGUUUAUAUUACCAGUAUACCCGUGAUAAUAACUUAGUAGGAUACGUUAACUUCACCUUGGCCUACUCACCCAAGACCUUCAAUUCCAGUACGACAUGCAGAUACAGAGCACAAAGAGAUCAAGAUGGAAAUCGUACUCUUGUAUACUGGAACCUGCUGGCUAUAAGACUUGGUUUUGUCAUACUUUUUGAGCAUGUGGUGUUUUUUAUUGCUCGUCUGAUUGACCUGUUGGUGCCAGAUAUUCCAGAGUCUGUGGAAAUCAAAGUGAAAAGGGAGCAUUACAUGGCUAAGCAGGCACUGGCUGAGAAUCAGUCUCUUGGACAUUUAUUAUUUGAACCAGACAAUGGUACCAGAAGUAGCACUUCUGGAGAAGUAUCACCUUCCGAACCAACAAAUGUAGCUGCACUUCCCUCUAUACCAGAAAAUCAACCACUGUAAAUCUUUACUAGCUACAAGCCUGAGGAGACAAACUACUGUGAAGAUGUAGACGUGCCUCUCUCCUUAAAUGAAUGACAAAUAUGCAAGAUUUUUCUCUGCAGUUAUUUUGAACACUUUAUUGCUAGCAGUGCUAAUGAUAACAGGACUCUCCUUUACCUUCUGGUUACCACAGCUAUGCAGGAUUUUUUUUUCAGUGUUGCUAAUGAUUAUAAAUUACCUUGGAAUGAAGGACUUCUUGAAAAUGAAUACUUCUGCAGUUGCACAGCUUUUAUCCUUACACUGUCUUUCUUGACCCUCCCCACACUACCCCAAGUAUCAAAGUAAAAUUGUUUAUUGGAGUUUCCUGCAGUGCACAAAAAUAGUCUCUCCUCUUAGGUCAGAGAACAGCACAUUUAUUUUGCUUUUGAGCCAUCUAGACUAAUUUCUCAUAAUACACAAUAUUGUAUCCCACUGCUUUUCUGUAGGAAUUUAGACAGCCAGCUGCAUUGAAUGUUACAGAUGUUUGUGGAUUAAUGCAUAAUGUAAUAUUUGCUACAGCGCUACAGAACACACAAAUAAUUAUGUAUCUCUAAACAUGUCAGAUCAGAAAUUAUAUACUUAGCAUUUCUGCAGCAAAAAAAGAGCAAUGCAGUUUUCACUACUAUAUUUAUUUACUGCUGUGAAAGAGGUUGUGCACAAAACUGAAGAAUAACACUUUUUCAUAUGUUUUCCUACAGCUCAGGAUGGUGUUUGUUUAGCUUUUUCAUUGUUAAAUAUGGAGUUGAACAAUGGAAUAUCCUUGAUGAGGACAAUGGAAUAUGCUUGAUGAGAAGGGGCAUAAAAUGAGAGUGCCCCAAGCUGACCUUUGCACACUGUGCUCAAGUGUUAUUAAAUGUGUCACAGCCUACUUAAAAAUGUCCAUAUAACAAAGGGAGGUAAAUGCAUCAGAAUCAGCAAUACAUUUAAAAAUGAAAUUUUUAAAGUUUUGCAAGUUCAACUACAGCUACUGGAUACAUUGGGCAUAAAUAAAACUAGCAUAACCUCUGUGCAAUAAAGGGUAAAAUUAAAAGUUUUUACUGCA